CCUUUCCCUACUUUACCUUUAAAUACGUGAUCAGUGUCACGACGUGGAACCAAACAGCAUGGAAAUAACUUCGCUACUUCGCAAGGAACUCUCAACUAUUAUAUUACUUUCACUCGGAUAAAUACCCAUAGUUCAAGUUUCAAGAGUUUAACCCUUUAUAAUGCCAGGUCGUACCCAACCUUUACCGGAUUGUGACGAGAGAUCUUCGGAUCGUUAUGACCUACUUCAUAAGUAUUCCGUCUCGAGAAACGGAUUCCUCCCAGAACGAGAACCCCCAAGCCGUCUACCACACCAUUAUUAUGCCCCGUGGGAGUCUAUACUGGAUGAUCUCCCAUCACUGCUAAACAGCAAGUCGAUCCGAAAGGCUGUAGAGUCCAUAGGGGUACUUUCGACGAGCAAACUACACACGGAAGAAGAAUGGCGGCGAGCUUACGUGGUAUUAUCAUUCUUAGCGCAUGGGUACAUCUGGGGCGGCGAGAAGGCAUCAGAGGUAUAACCAAUCUUAAUAGACCUAUUACACAUGUGGCUAAUAAGCAGUUAGGUACUUCCUCCAGCGCUAUCAGUACCAUUUCUUCAAGUUUCGGAGCACCUUCGCCUUCCGCCGGUUGCGACAUACGCU